ACAAACAAAAACAAAACAAACGUGUGCGACAAGUUUUUAUUUUAAAUUCAACACAGUAAUAUUAAUUUGAAUCAUUUAGACUAAAAAAUGAACCAUGAGCUAAUUUCGCCGCAAGGCUUACGAAUUGAUGGACGCCGACAGAAUGAAUUACGACAAAUUUCUAUUAAACUUGGAGUUCUUGAUCGUUGCGAUGGAAGUUCAUUCUAUCUCCAUGGAAAUACAAAGGUAAUUGCUUCAAUAUCGGGACCAAAACAUCCUUCAAAAGCAUCAAGCAAAAAAGAUGAAAACUUUUAUUUUAAUGUUCGUGUAAAGUUUGCAACUUUUUCGAAGAAUGGAGAACGUCAAAAAGUAAUGAAAAACAGUAAACUACUUGGUGAAUUUGAGCUUAAUUUGAAAAACAUCUUUAAAUCUGUGAUUCUUGUGGAAAAAUAUGAAAAGUCACAACUCGAUUUAAAUAUAGAAAUUUUACAAACUGAUGGUGGUAGCGAAAUUUGUGCAGCAGUUAAUGCAGCGACUCUUGCACUCAUUGAUGCUGGAAUCUGUAUGAGAGAAUAUAUCUGUGCAUGUACUGCGUCAUUAACAAGUGAUGGAAUUCCAUUAUUGGAUGUUUCACAUUUAGAAGAAAUCAGCGGCGGACCAACCUUAACUAUCGCUGCUCUACCUCGUAUCGGUGAUCAUGACCAAAGUGUAUCGUUUGUUGAGCUUUCACAAAAAUUUUACCUCAAAGAUCUUAAUAAGAUUUUCGACUGCGCAUUACGAGGGUGUGAGAAGAUUCGUGCCAUCUUAGACGAAGCUAUUCGAAGUAAUGCCAAUGAGACAGCAAUUUCAGAGUUGACAGACAAUUAGUUUUCACUUGAUAGAAAAUAAUUGUCAUCCAGAAUAAAAGAAAAAUGAAAAAAACAUGUCACAAAUGAAUUGAAAAUAAAAUCUCAUUCCUUAAAUAAAUUUGACUUUUUG